AUGAGUCAGAGGGUGCUAUCUCUGUUCAUUUGUCCUCCCACAGGACACGACUCAUUCAUUACACUCCUGAUUGUGUCCCUUUUCCCUCAGGUUAUGUAUUAUUCCUACUGGCAGAUUCCAUAAGAAGCCUCUACACAUCAGCUACAAUGGCAGGGAACAAAGAAUGUUGCAAGCCAGACCUAUUCACUGUUGGCGUGUGUUUAGCAAUCGCUGUUCUAUGUAUUCUUGGCAUUACUUUCAUAAGCAUGGGGGCAUUAUACCUGGAUAAAUGCACGCUGGAAAGACAUAUCCCUAUCUAUGUACUUGUACAAGGAAUAAUCUUCCUCCUAAUGGGCUGCACAGUCACAAUCCUGCUUUCAAGUGACAAGUUAAUGUUGUUUUUUCUAUUUAUUUGCACGCUGUCUACCUUCUGGUUCUGCUGGCUGAUCACAGGAAGCAUAUGGGUUUUCACCCACUAUAUCUCCUACCACGGACAGUGCCAUGAAGUCUUGUACCUCUUUGCAUUUUGGACUCUUAUUGUACAGUACAUUGGGCUGUGCAUAACAUGUUUGGUGUUAAUCAUUUACUGCUGCUUCUUCUGUAUCAUGGUUUGGGCUUGCAUGGCAGUUCAUGGAUAAAGACCAGGAACAAGAAAAACUUGUGUUGCUCAACUUGAGUCAACCUCCAUGGCCUUUGGCAUAAAGUGCUGAAACUUAAGGAAAUUAACAUGAAAAUACAGAAUUGUCUUUGCAUUUGAAACUGAAGGAGGGCAUAGUGAAAUUGGAAAUUUUGCCCUCAGCUUUUGAAAAAGUAACAAAAUGGUCAAUAAAAUGCAUCCUUGUUUAUACUUUUUAAAGUAUAAAAAAAAGCCAUUGGAUGAAGAAGGGCUCAACUUUUAGACACAAGGCAGCAAUUCUGCUAUUUUUUGUUGUUGUUACUAGCUGGGAACAAUACAGCAAUAUACUUAGAGACUGAUAUAAGCUCUGGGGAGAAUGCUGCCAAUGUUCAUAUACUGAGCUUGACAUACCAUCAAACAGGAGGUAAAUGGAUUUUGAAUGACUGUAAGGAAAUACAGUUACUUUCCAAAGGCCUUGACAUCUCAACACUGUGCAUGAAUGCUACUGAUGCCAUCAGCACUAGGAUGGCUUCUCACGGAAAACACAAAGAAAACCUUAACUGCAUGCUGCAUUUGGGUAAAGAGAUUUUUCAAUGACUACAUGAGACCAGCAUAAUCUUUUUUUUUGCAAUUUUCAUUGUCUAGCACCUGUAUGGACUGUAAUUGACCUAUAAAGCCUGUGUGCAGAAAUCAACAUUAAAACAGCCAUCUAAUAUGAUUGGGAUUUGAAAAAUGUUAACAACUGGAUAUCCUUCAAGGCGAACAUAUCAAAUGAUAUUUCAUUUCUGCUGCUGUUUAAAACAUUUAAAAGUAAGAAUGCUUUACAUAAAUGUCUUAAUAGCCUCAUUGGUUUACAGCUUAGCCUUAAAAGUUUCACAGUUAUGAACUAUACAAAAUGAAGCACCGUGCCUUCAUGUUCUGCUGUCACCCCCAACUGUUUUCCUUCCAUAUAUGAGCUCUUUAUCAUCUUCCAUGUACUUUUACCUAAAACAAUGGAUUGUACUUAAUUAAACCAUUCAGUUGUUGUUCAGUUGGUAUAAGAAUUACCAUGUUCUGUGCAAGGAUGGCUCUAUUGUACCCAGUUGGAUGCACAAUUGUUGGAGUGCACAAUAGAUUCCUCCGUACCAUAAAACUUUAGUGUUUUUUUGUUAACACUGUCUCUCUCCUGUCUUUUCUGUUUUACCAGUUACUACCAAAAGGUGCCGAUUUUGGUGUGCAGAUGCCCUUGUCCUUAAAAAAAAAUGUUAUAUUUUUGUUACUUAAAUUAGUCCGUCUUUGUAGCAUGAAAAACUUCAUGCAUGCCCCUUUGCCCUUUUCUGCAAAACUGUUGUAUACUCUAUGGUAGGAGGCUCAGGCAUACACAGUACUGCAACAAUUUCAGCUGUGGGCUUUAAUGAACACUGCCCAGGUGCCAGGUGACGGAGCAAGCAUUGUGAAAUGAGUAAGUUCUAUAUGUGGCCCCUUUUUCACAAAUCAUUAUAUGAUUUAUAUAAUAGGAGAGGGAAGACAGAUGUGCUCAUGUUUUAAAUGUGCAAUUUUGCUUUAAGAUGAAAUGGCUGGAACAAUGCAUGAAUUACUAGAUAUAUACAUUGUUAAUUGAUCUAACAUUAGGAAAACUGCAGAUAAUUACCAUGAUGGAAGAACAAAUUAACGAGUAUUAAAUGCCAGCUCAACAAUUGAUCUAUAUUUAAUUUGUAAAGAGCUGUGUAAACUGUUGGCACUAUAUAAAUCAUGUAUAAUAAUAAUAUUUUGUAUGUGGUAACUGGCAAUUUGAAUGGCAUGGCUUCUUGUAUAUCUCAGGGAGCCCAGUGGCAAAAUGUCUAUAUUGAACCAAAAGUCUCAGUUCUCAUGCAUAGCUUUAGUCAUUGCGAUAUCAGAUCAUGGUUUUAUUUUCUCUUUAUAGAAUCUAUAGAAUUGUACAUCAUAACAAAUUUGGGUAAUCUAACUUCAAGAGUAAUGUCUUUGUUAUGAAUGUAACCAUAGGAGUCUUGCUACUAAACUCUAGAAGUCAGCUGGUGUUUCAUCCUGUUACAACCCACAAAAGAACUGAAUUUUUUUAUUUUGGGUGGACUGACCCUUCAACACUUAAAACGGCAUACCUGUUCAAAAUUUAUUUUGAAAUGCAAGUCAUGUGAGCUUAGACAAAAUUAUGCCUUCUAUCAUGAAGUAGAGAUAUGUUGUAAGAAUAAUAUGGCAAGCACGAUAUAUUCCCACCUGUCCACUUGAUAGAACAAAGACAGCUUUUAGUUGACUGAAACAAUCAUGUGACAACCGUACCUAAAAAGAAAGUCUAUUUUGCUGACUAUAAUAUAUGACACUGUUACAUGGUUUGAAAUUAAACAAUUUAUUGGC